UCAUCUAGUUUUUUCUCAGUGCAGUGUGCUCUAACAGUUCACAACAUGAAGAUGAAGAAGAGCAUUUAUACAGUCCUAAGAUUUUCAUUUCUUAUUACUGGCUUCUCUCUGGUAUGCCUGGGAGCCUUCUAUAUAUCUUCCAGCUAUGUGUGUGACUGCAAGAGUGAGAUAAUACUGGCCUAUUUUCUGCUGCCCAUAGGAUUUAUCCUGCUCCUGGCUGGAAUUUUUUGGAGCACUUAUCAUGAGGCAAACCACAAGAGUCUCUUCCACAGUAUGAUCAGGAGAAUCCAUACCCAGCAGGAAGUCCAUGUUGAGACAGUAGACAGGCCAGAUUUCUAUCCGCCAUCCUACGAGAGUGUAAUUAAUGAAAUUCGCCGGCAGCCAGAUUCAAGUGGUGAACUGAGAGUGCUUGAAGAGGGUCUCAACAUCCCCCCGCCACUAUACACAGAGAGCGCAGUGGACAUUGCAGAUGAAGUGUAUACUUGUGAUGAUUCUCCACCUUCAUAUGAGGCAUCAGUGCAGUUGUCUAAUGUUGAAUCCAACUCUGAGAGAGAACCAGGUUCUGUCAGUGUUGAUAACCUUGAAACAUGUGACUGACUGUAAGUGUUACAAUAAGACUGGAAAGCAUGUUGAUUCAAAUGCAAUGUGCCUAGCUGUGACUGCUGUCAAUGUAGCAAUGCCAUCACAGAGGUACACGCAAGCAUUUGUCCAAAGAAACGUCGCCUGUGAUGUCCAAAAGUCAUUGCACAACGAGUGGACGAAUACUGCAAGAAAACAGGACAACAGAAACACCUACUGUGUAUAUAAUGACAGUUUUACAGAUAAUGAAGGCUCUAGCUCAUCAGCAAGAAGGAGAAUGUCCAUCUAAUCUAACAGCUGUUGAUGGUUGGUUGUGGCCGGUGAGUGUGUAUAAAUGGGUCGCUGGACAGGGUCCAGGAAAUUAGACCCACACAGGGCUAUAUUCUAAUGCAUGUUCUGCAAUUUUCUGAUACAGCAUCCUGUAUGAUAUGUUUAAUUAUAUUUAUUUAUGUAAAGAUGCUACAAUGCCAACUCAAGUAAACAACAAUGGAAAUGUAUUUCUGUAACAGACCUACAGUAUAUACAUGUACACCUGCGUGUAUAUGUACAUGUAUUUCCAUUUUGCACUCAACUCCAGGCUAUUUGAAUUACUCACUGUAUUGUCUUUAUAUGUAAAUAUUGUAUGAUAUGUUAAACUGUAUUUUUAUACUAAAUAUAUAUUUGUAUUAAAAAUU